UGCUGUUAUACCGCUUGGUUGCUGACCAUGCCGCUUCUAUCUUUGCGUAUCCGUUUAAAUGUAGCUAAACCUUGGCGAAACGCAAUGCUGGUAGCGAUUCCCUUUAAGUAUAAUUGGUUUGACUUUUUAACUGUACAGUUGUCGAGCUAGUUUAGCUAGCAUGUCCCCGAUAUUAGUAACGCUACAAGAGGCGCCACGAUUCUUUUCUGCACGAUGCAGUUUAUAGGGUAAAACUAGCCGAGAAGAACUAGCCGAGGUAUCGUUAGCAAACUUAGCUAGCUAGGUUAGCUAACUAACGUUAGUCGUUCACAAAAAAAAAGAAAUAAAGAAAAUUGGCUUUUAGAUUGGAGUAGCUAGUGUACUUGUUCGUUGGGUGUCAUAUGAAGCGUGUAAGAUGAUGUAUGCAUUUCAUGAGCGCAACAGUCUGCAGUUUGGUGUCUUACGCGUUAAUGUUUUAUAUUUAACGUGAGCCCCGAGAGCUAACGGUAACUUAGUUUGCUAAACAUCAAGCUAGCUAGGUCAGGUAACGUUCGCUUGGAAGUUGGUCCAUGCUAACAUGGAGCUUGCUCGCCAGCUUCAUGGACCAACUGGUUUGUUGUUUUUUCUAAACGUGUGGUUGGAGUUUUAAUCCUGUACUUUAGAGUCCACUUGCUGCAGACUAUUGUUAAUUUAACUGGUGGCAUGUGCAGCUGAAACAUUGUCUUGUCCAGUCUCUAACGUUAGCUAGCUAGUUUAACUGCAUCCAACUUUGUCGCGGCAGCUCAUGAGCUGGGAUGUUGGGAUUUGAGUGAUUCUCCUCGGUAUGUAUAUCAACACCACUUGGUGGAUUUUAUUUGUUGCCAGUAGGCCUUGUGGAAGUGUUGGUCAGCAACAGAGAUGAACUGUCCAACUCGACGGUGCCCGCAUUCUGCUGCAGAGGAGAGAGCACCAGGAUGAGGAGACUGUAGGCACCCGCCGUAGUAUGGCCGCGUCCCGUUCCUCACGCGUCACAAGGUCGUCAGUGGGGCUCAAUGGAUUGGAUGAGAACUUUUGUGGCCGAACCCUCAGGAACCGCAGCAUCGCCCAGCCGGAGGAGAACUCGGUGCCUCCGCUACCAAGGGCCCGCUCGCCCAAGAAAAAGCAGGAGUCGAAACAGGACGCCAGGCAGGAAUCUAAGCAAGAGGGCAAGCAGGAGUCAAAGCAGGAUGGCAAGGAGUCAAAGCAGGACACCAGACAGGACACAAAGCAUGAUACAAAGCAGGAGACUCAGCAGGAUGGCCAGCAGCAGGCCUUGUUGCAGGGAAAAGUAACUGACUCAAAUGCUUCUCCAGCUGAGGCGGAGCAAUGGACCAGCUCCAGAAAGCGAGGCGUGUCCUGUUUAGAAAAAGACAUACAUUCUGAGAAGUCAGAGAACUGUGAUAGAGGGAAGGGGACGCGGGAUGUCUGUCCUCAAAUCAAAAGGGCCAGACGGGGCUCCCGCUCUGGAGAGUCUCAGGGACACGAGGACGACCCUGAGCAUUUGAAAUCUGAAAGUUUAGUGUCUGUCCCAGAGCCUAGCAAGGACAACAGUUGUGAAGAAUUUCUCAGCCAAAACUUUGCUAACACAGCUCCUGCCUCACCUGUACACGGUAAAGAGGAAGGUGAACUGACAGGGGGGAAGGCAGAGGAUGGUCAUGUGGAGUGUGACGGGGCAGCUCAGCCCCCGAAUGCUCACAAAACCUCUAAUGGACUCAGAGACAAUAAAGCAGAGGAAUCUAGCACACUCACUGACGAGACUAGUGCAAACCCCACCUCUGCCACCAACUGUCCGACGCUGCUCAACGGUAGUCAGACGGAGGCUCCCUCAUCCCCUGACCCCGCUGUGCCUUGUAGAAACUCUGUCCCUCUGCAGAUGGAGGUCUCUGGCUCAGGGCAAUGGCCAACCUCAUCUGCAUCAACAUUUGAGGCUGUUCCAGAGGAUCUUGUCCCUGAAUUGAUAGUGGCCAAGGAGCAGGAAGUGGAGGAGUUGGAGGUGGAUGUGGUAGGUGACCCGUUGUGUCUUGCCCACGAGGAGCAGGUGACGGAGAUUGAGAACGAAACCAAUGGCCGGCCGCUGACACCAUUGCAUGAAGCUGCUUCCUCCACCAUCUCCAACAUGAACAGUAGUCCAAUCAACAACAACAACAGCAACUCAGGAGAAGCUACACCCCCACUAGCAACAACCCCCUCCCCCACAGAGCUAGGGUGCAACCCCUCAAUAUCCAGCACGUCGCCCUCUUUCAUAGAGCUCUAUGAACACAGAUACACCCUGCGGACUUCACCCAGGAGGGCUACCACUGGUGGCAAGGCCCCAUCCUCCAAGCUCAACUCUCCUCCCAGAGACAAUGGUCCCUUGAGGGAAGAGGGGGAGGUGGAGGUUGGGUUGGAAGAGGACUGCCCUGCAUUGGAGGAACCUGCUCCCUCAGAUUGUGUUGGCCCCUCCAGUGAGGAGCUGGUCUCCGUGGAUCCUGAAGACAGAGCAGGUGGUGAGGACAGUGUGGCUGUGGAGGCCAAAGAGGUUGAGCGAAGCAAGGAGCUGACACGAAGCCAGGCAGCAGAGGAGGAGGAAGAAGAGGAGGAGCCAGACGUGUAUUACUUUGAGUCGGACCACCUGGCUCUUAAACACAACAAAGAUUAUCAGAGGCUUCUGCAGACCAUCGGUGUUCUCGAGGCCCAACGCACACAGGCCAUCCUAGACCUGGAGACGUUGGCGUGUCACCAGAGGGAGGCACUCGGAGAUCCUAUCAGCUUUGUGGAGCAGCUGCAGAAACGGGUUAAUUUGGGCUUGCCGUGUCCUCAGCGAGUCGUGCAGCUCCCUGACGUUGGAUGGGAGCAGUACACCUCAGGCCUCGGGGACUUUGAGAGAGAGUUGUGUGACAAGAAACGGAAAACCAGGCAGCUAAAGUUGAUCUUCGACCAAGGUUUGCCUGCUCGACCAAAAAGUCCUGUGGAGCCCAAGAAGGAAGGCGAAUCCUCCGCCAUGUACUCCUCUCUGCCUACUAGUGACGCUCCAGAGAAUGGCAGCCAAACACAGAUGAUCAGGGGGAGGAUUUGUCACCCAAAGAAGUCUGACACAUUUAACCAGCUGUGGACUGUGGAGGAACAGAAAAAACUAGAGCAGCUUCUUGUCAAGUUCCCUCCAGAGGAAGUCGAGUCCAGAAGAUGGCAGAAGAUUGCUGAUGAACUCGGCAAUCGAACAGCAAAACAGGUUGCCAGUAGGGUUCAGAAGUACUUCAUCAAACUGACAAAAGCUGGUAUCCCUGUGCCUGGAAGAACACCCAACCUGUGCAUGUACAACAAAAAGGCAACCAGUAAGAGGCAGCACCACCUCAACAAGCACCUGUACCGGCCGUCUACUUUCCUGACCUCCUAUGAGCCUCCGGUCUACAUGGAUGAAGACGAUGAGCGCUCGGCGUAUUACAGCGGCGUGCAAGACCCCUCUGCUGAUGACUCGGAUGAGGAGGCUAUACCUGUGGAGUUGAGAAAUUUGCCAGAGUACAAAGAGCUUUUAGAGCUGAAGCGACUGAGAAAACAGACGCUCCAGGAAAUCCAGGAGGACAGGGCCGGGAUGUUGCACGUAGGCUACAAGUGUGACAUCUGUGGCAUGGAGCCCAUCCAGGGAGUGCGGUGGCACUGUCAGGACUGUCCACAGGACAAUUCGGUCGAUUUCUGCUCCAACUGCUCCGACUGCUUGUUUAAGACAGAGACCCACAAGCCUAACCACCACUUGGAACCGGUGCACCAGCCAGACACUUUUCUGGACAGGGACUACUGCCUGCCGCAGAGCACAGGCUACAACUAUCUGGACCCUAACUACUUUCCAGCCAACAGAUGACAGGGUCCCAGGUGCCUCUAGCUCCAGGCUCUCUCCACAUAUCCCAGCGGCCACUCUGUGCAUGGCUCCAUUCUCCAAGUCCAAGAUAACCGCUUAACCCGCCGCCUGGCAGGAAGGCCAGCAGGCGGGAAAACCGCCUGGGGCCUCAAACCAGACCACAGUGCUGCUGGUGGGGAGGGGGGCUGUUGGUGAACUGGCCUCCCUGAUUCAAGCAAGAGCCAUGUUGGUUCCUCAGUACAAGGGGGGCCCUGCUCCACCUCAGCCAGGUUAAUCAAUGGAUCUGUGAUUUGAAACGAUACACUAUUUUUUAAAAACAAAACAACA